CGUUUUCAGCUCUGGCCGCGCUCUCUGGGGCACACCCUCUGUGACGUCCCCGGAUUGUACCUUUACCCUAUUUGUUUGGGACGCGGAGCGGAGAGAAGAGCUCAGGAUGGAGAAGCCACAUGCCGUCUCCCCGGAUUACUCGGACAUCCUGCAGCAGGUCCCGGAGGGCACGUUCUACAGGUUCCCCCUGAUCCCAGUCCAUGGCGUUCCCCUCAUGCAACCGAUCGCAACUUCCUGGGAGAAAAUCGAGAAAUUCCAGGCCCGGCCGGACGACCUCCUGAUCGCCACCUACCCCAAAGCAGGGACCACGUGGAUGCAGGAGAUCAUCGACUCCAUAAUGAACGAUGGGGAAGUGGAGAAGACCAGACGGGCCCCCACAUAUGUCCGCUCCCCCUUCCUGGAGAUCUUCUCCCCUCCCCCGGUGCCGUCCGGCAUUGACAUGUUGGAGGAGACCCCGUCCCCCCGACUGGUGAAGACCCAUCUGCCGUAUGAUCUGGUGCCCCAGUCCUUCUGGGAGCAGAAGUGUAAGGCGAUCUACGUCGCUCGUAACGCUAAGGACAACGCGGUGUCGUAUUACUUCUUUGAUCAGAUGAACAAGACGCAGCCGGACCCCGGGACGUGGGAUGAAUAUGUGCUGAAGUUUCUGAAGGGCGAUGUGGCCUGGGGGGGCUGGUUCGACCACGUCCUCGGAUGGUGGAACGCCAGAGACAAGCACGACGUCCUGUACGUGUUCUAUGAAGACAUGAAGGAGGACCCCAAGAGGGAGAUCAGGAAGGUGAUGAGAUUCUUAGGGAAGGAGCUGCCUGAAGACGCCGUGGAGAAGAUCUGCCAGCACACCUCCUUCAGCGCCAUGAAGGAGAACCCGAUGACCAACUACUCCAGCAUGCCCUCCAACGUGCUGGACCAGACGCUGUCCCCCUUCAUGCGGAAAGGGCAAGUUGCCGACUGGAUGAAUCACUUCACCGAGUCUCAGAAUAAGAUUUUCGAUGAGGAGUAUCGGCGGAGGAUGGCGGGCUCCACCCUGAAGUUCCGCUGCAUUCUCUGACGCCGCCCGCGAGGCAUCCUACGUGGCCUCCUCCACCUCCCACUUAUCCAUGAAACCUCAACUGCUCCCCCUCCUAAAGCCGCCAGUGCCAAAGACAGAAGCAAUACUCCGGACAUCUUCCCUGCACUGAUACAUUGUUACGAAGUAGAACCGAGCUGCUGAUGUGUUGUCUUGAAUUCAUACAUUGUAUGAGAGAAGUUUUCUCUCCCUGGACAUAAACAAGAAUGUCCCAAUUCAAUGACAGCAAGCAUAGAUCCUGAGACCUCCUGUCUAUUGGGAAAGAGGUGUUUAUGGCAUAAAGAAAAGUUUUGGAAAUAAAAAAAAAAGUUUGAAAU